CUGUACUCCAUUUUCCGGUAAACAAAAACAAAACAAAGGCGUAGUAUUUUACUCGAUAAAGAAGAGGCAGAAACACAAGUAAAUGAUGACUGGUGGUAAAUCUAAAGCUGACAGUUCUACCGACUCAAAAUGUCGUAACGAGGGACGUUCAUCUCUCCCAAGGAGGCGAGCUGCCAAGGUGUCCUACUCUGAAACGGGAGGUUUUGAGACGGAUUUAGCCCUUGCUGUUCAGGAGAGCCUGAGGUAUGCUAGGCAGGCAGAACGCGAGGCCAAAGCAAAAGAAGAGGGCGUAAUAACCAUUCCCAGCGACGAAGAAGAUGAUCUGAGACCAACCAAGUUUACUGAUGGUUCGGUUGGAGAAUGCGUCAUGCAAAGUUGUGCACACAUGAAAGAUUUACUGAUGAUCAAUCUGGAUCUUGUCCAACACCAACAGGAAGUGUUGACAGAGAGAGACAAAGAGAUCCGCGCUCUCAAAGCUGAAAACAACACGUUGAAAUGUCGCCUGGAAAGAAUGGAGAGGAGGAUGGCCUUAUUGAAGCAGAAAGAAGACUCAGAUUUUAUCAUGGGAAACUCACCUAGAAGUCCAGCUAGCAGAAACAAAGCUGACACAGAAAACCCCACCCCUGCUGAGAGAGGGGUUAAAAGAAAGAGCAAUGUAGAAGCUGAGAACAUUUCUAAGAGGUUGGCCUUGGAUGAAAAUGACACACCGAGUACAUCAUCCAAGUCUUACCACAAACUAAAGAGACGGGCAUUACACGAAGCCAGCGCAGCCUCUCCCACCCACACCACACGUCAAAAGACCACCCAGAUACAGGAGGCGGUCCACCUACCCACCCCAAGGCAGAAGUCAUGGGCAGCCACACCGGACAGUAAUUCACCUUAUAAAAAGAAGUUGUUGCCUGUCCUCAAAGAUCAGAAAGGAGAUAAUGUGUUAAGAACCAAUGAACCAUACUAUGUCUCGCACUAUGAGCCGCUGGAUGAGGAUUUAAGCUUUAGAAAGGAUAUUGUACAGAAGGAAGACACACACUUAGAAGUGAAAUUACCGAGCUGGAGACCUCGUAAAUAUCCAAGUCUGUGGGUGCUAGAAGGAACUGAGAAUUUAGAAGAUGAAGUAUUUGUAAAGAGACAUCAGAAACUAGAAGUGGAGGAAAAAAGAAGAAAAAGGUGGGAUAUGCAGAGGAUAAGGGAGCAGAAAAUCUAUGAAAAGUUAAAGGAAAAAGAGAGAACUGCAGAGAACCUGAAAAAAGGAGAGGACCAGCAUGUAGAUACCUUUUACCCCACACUGGAAGAUAUCACUCAUAUAGAAGUAUGUAACAAGAUUCCUGUGAUGGCCUUUGGACAUGCUUUGCCAAAUUUAAAAUCUGUGGAUUUUUCUCUUCCUUGGGAGGUUGAUGCCAGUAAAGCUGUAGCUACAUCUCGGUCGUCAAGGCAUGGCCGCUCUAGGUGAUCGUCAAGACUACCCGGUUAUUUCUGUACCACACGAUUGUGUUCAUUGUAUGCCAGGAACGGUGACAAAAUAGUAUACCUGCCAUUGUAUGUGCUACAGUUAGUGUCUUGCAAAAGUAAAUUUUCAUCAUUGUUCAACAUCCUUGCCUAGUGAAAUGAUGCUUUAGUCAUAAUUACAUAACGGUCUCCUUGCAGUGUUGUAAACUGAGGAGAAAAGAAUCCUCAGUAAACCAUUCUUUGACUAUUAAAGACAAUAUGAAUGUUAAUUUUGUUGACAUUUAGUGCUCACAUGGGUUGUCCUGUUUGCGGUUUUAAAUCAAGUAAAUAAUAAAGUAUAUGUAGGUAUUUUUAUUUAAAUUGUUGAUUACUUUAAAAGAUUUCAUAAUUUAGAGUUGAAAUAUACUGCAAAGCAUUGCAGGAUUUGUUUUAAAAUUCUUGGCAAAAAGUGAAUGCCAUUAAAUGUUUACAUAUGUAUUCUUUUCCUUUUCUAACCUAUGUAUGUAGUAAGAUUUUUACCCAAAGUGGACCAAAGCACAUCCACAUUUUAUUUAUUGAUGAAUCUGUUGUUAUGUUUGAUAAAUGUAGAAGUUUUUCAGAUAUUGUGUUUCUUGUUUUAUUUUCUAAAUCUUUGUAUGAUAAUCUGCUGUGUAAUAGAAGUCUAUGUGCAGAAUCUGUGAGAGUAGAAAUGUACAUGUAUCUUGCUGCUGACAUUGUUAAAGUAAGUCGUAGCAUCCGUGUAUAACUAUCUUAAGCCUUGCUUAACUAUCCUCCAGUCCGGUGUAACUAUCCUAAAUGUGGAUAAUUAUCCAUGAAUUCUUCUGCACUAUCCUAAAAUAAGACUUGAAGGCUGGUGUAAGUAUCUUAUAUCUGGAUAAUGUAUACAGGGUUAUUCUCGCUCUUUUACACUUUAAAACAAUUCUGCCCCCUUUGAAAUUUGCUCAGACAGUUUUGUGCCAGAGAUAGUAUGGUUUUCUUUGAAUACUCCCUGUUUUAAAUUCACCCAUUUGUGAUAAGGGCGAAAAUAAAACAAGGGCAUAAAUUUCCCUGUAUACAGUAAUAAUCUUUUAGUCUUCUGUAACUAUCCUAAAGUCUAAUAUAACUAUUCUCCUGUCUGGUAUAACUAUCCUACAUGUAUAUAUGGAUAAUUAUCCAUUUAAAUCUUGUAUAAUUAUCCUAAAAUCUAGUGUAGUUUUCCUGAAGUCUUGACAUUAAUAAUUAUCUCGACUUGUUUAAGAUGCAUGUACUGGUGAAAGAAUUCUGUCAUACAGUUUGAGUUUAACGAUAAGAACUUGAUAUGCUUCCUAUCUGAGUGUGUAAGUAGAGAUGAGAAACUUUCUCUUUAAAGAUGUUACAAUCCUUUUCUUUAAAUGUAAUGAAUGUUGAAGUGGAUUUCAGUGUAAAUUUGUUCUUAAAAUAAAUGCUUUAUAAAUGUU